AUGUAAAAGAGUAGCUUCAUUCUUUCACUGGAGAUGGGUCUAACCCGACCCAACUCCAUGUGGUAGGAGAGGAGUGGCCGACGGAGCGCCAGCGAGUGGCUGGCAGAGCAGCGGCACAGACGUGAUGCAUGGGGUGUGCCGAUUGCAACUUUGCAAGGAAAGGUUGCAUGGACGCAUAAUAUUCCAAAAUAGGGUAUGCAUAAUUUUGAGGAACAAAUGAACUAAUAAACAUAAAAAAUGUAAUAUUUGUUAAAAAAAUAUAAUAAUAAUUUUUAUUCAAGAAAAAUUAUAUUUUCACUUACUCAUAUCCGGUUCUGCGUUGUCCUAUUCAGACCCGUCUAAUACAUGACAUGGGAUGUACAAGAGUUUUUCUAUAUAUAAAAAUAUAAACUCAAAUAAAUAUUACUUUAUUUUCAACUAUUAACAAUAUUUAUUUAGGUAUAACUCCAUAAUUAUAUAGUGCAUCGUUUAUGCUUUAAAAGGAAAAUGCCAUUUGCAAACAAUUUCACACCUACAACAAAAAAUUAAAAAAACGAACGUGCCGUGUAGUACAAUUCCCGAAGAAGCUCACAAUUCUCAAUAUAAUUUUGAUCAAAAUCGUUCGAAUUUAUACAUAUAUAUAGAAAUAAAUAGAAGCCUCCAAAGAAGCACGAUUGAUUAGGAAAAGUUCCCUACACAGCUUCACUAUACAGUUCCCUCCACUUCCACCUAAAAUCGCGUUCACUUCUCGCUUUCACCGACUUACGGGAAAUAUUUUGUUGCUCACACAUCACCCGUCGUAAAGCAUGAGCGCGCACGGGAAUCGGCGGGUAUUUCCGUUAAAUACUGCAACUGUCUCUCUCUCUCUCUCUCACCAUUAAAGCCAGGCAUCUAAAACCUUCCUUCAAUCCCACGAAAAUCCUUUUUCAAUUCCCCCAAAAGAGUUCGAAAACGAAUCCCUGAUAAAUUUCACUCAAAAUUCAACACAAAAAAAUUUCAAUUACUGAGAGAAUGGCCACUCAUUUCCACCCAUCUCACUCCCGCGCCGCGGCGGCGCUCCGCCGCCGGAGCGGGGCGAGCCCUUUUUUCAUCUUCCCGCAGCAGGCGCUCCCGUGGCGCUCCAGGCAUGUUCUAGGGAAUCAAAGCGGCGCGAUGAGCAUUUCAAGAAUCAAGGCGGCGAGCUCGAGUGAGAGUGGAGACUCGUACCUGGACAUGUGGAAGAAGGCGAGGGAGCGCGAGCGGAGCUCUAUGGAGUUUCAGAUACUGGCGGAGAACUCUGCUGAAGCGGCUGAGAAUGCGGGAGAGGAAAGCGCGGAGGAAUUGGAGAAAAGAAACCGCGAGUUCGAGAAACUUCUGGAAGUUCCGGCGGAGGAGAGGGAUAAGGUGCAGAGAAUGCAAGUGAUUGAUCGCGCCGCCGCCGCGAUUGCGGCCGCGAGAGCGUUGCUCAAGGACACCGCGCCUCCGCAGCCGGACAUUGCCAGUGGUGGUGCCGAGAUGGACGAUCUUGAUGAGGGGAGGGAAAAUGGCAGCACUUUGGAGGCACAAUUCAGUAGCUCGACCAUCGGAACACCAGGUCCAAGUUUCUGGGCUUGGGCACCUCCUCUACAAGAUGAUGACAACGAUGAUUCUUUUAUGAGUGGUCAACUAAAGCCAGCUACACAGGCUUCUCCAUUUGCAGCUCAAAGCAGCCCUGUACUGGAGCAGGAGCGAAGCCAGGAAUCUCUGUCGAUUCCAUUUGAAACUGCAAUGCUUCAAAGUCAGAAUCUUGUGCCCCCUCUUCAGUCUCUUGUGGAGGUAGAGAAACGGGAAGUCACUAGAUCCACCGAGGAGAAAACUCAUCAGGUGGAAGAACUUAAGCUUGGAGUUGAAUUUUCGACACACGCAGCUGAAGCAGCUGGGGCGCUGAGUGAAAUGAAUGAAGCAUCCACCCAGGGAGUGAAUCCCGAUGGAACGAGGUGGUGGAAGGAGACGGGUAUAGAACAAAGGCCCGACGGGGUGGUUUGUAAGUGGACGCUGGUCAGGGGUGUUAGUGCUGAUAAAGGUGUUGAGUGGGAAAACAAAUACUGGGAAGCUGCUGACGAGCUUGCUUACAAGGAACUUGGUUCUGAGAAAUCUGGACGCGAUGCUGCAGGAAAUGUGUGGCGUGAAUACUGGAGGGAAUCGAUGAUGGAGAUUGAUGGGUCCGUCUAUCUUGAGAAAACGGCAGAAAAGUGGGGAAACAACGCUCAAGGAACUGAGUGGCAGGAGAAAUGGUGGGAGCGCUAUGGUGCAGGCCAAGCCGAGAAGUGGGCUCACAAGUGGUGCAGCAUCGAUCCACACACUCCUCUAGAAGCUGGCCACGCACACAUCUGGCACGAAAGGUGGGGUGAGAAGUAUGAUGGACUCGGGGGCAGCACGAAAUACACAGACAAAUGGGCUGAACGCUAUGAGGGCGAUGGCUGGGCAAAAUGGGGCGACAAAUGGGACGAGCACUUCGAUGCAAACAGCCAGGGAGUGAAGCAGGGGGAGAGCUGGUGGGAAGGCAAAUAUGGAGAGCGUUGGAACCGGACAUGGGGAGAGGGUCACAACGGUUCCGGAUGGGUGCACAAGUACGGCAAGAGCAGCUGCGGAGAGCAUUGGGACACUCACGUUCAGCAAGAUACGUGGUACGAGAGAUUCCCACAUUACGGUUUCUACCAUUGCUUUGAGAACUCAACUCAGCUGCGCGACGUUAAGAAGCCAUCCGAAUGGCCGGAGAACAGCUGAUGCAUUACUCUUAGCUAGUAAGUAGAUGCAUAUAUGAUGGUGUUUGUCUGAAUAGAGUGGAAGUAGAUAUUACUAGACAUAAUACUUGCUCUCUUGAAUCUUGAUUGUUGUGUAUUCUGCAAUAUACACCUUGGUUUGAUACUUUAGCUUCAUUGCUCC